AUGAAUUUUGUGGAUGUGGAACGGGUAUGUCGUCGACUCAUGGAAGAAUUUCUGCCGUUUGAUCUCAUGGAGUUUCCUACCCGCCAUGCCGAAUACAUCAACGCUAUUGAUGCCAGUGAUCCCUUUUGUGCCGACGUGCAACUGGCAUAUAGUCGGUGUGUCUGGUGUAUGGCAGUGGAACCCCGCAACGAUUGUCGUCGCCGUCAUCAAGUAGUACAGUGUGGGGGGCAGCCCACACUUGACCAAGUCAUAAAUGACACAACAACAACUACUACAACUGCCAACUAUUCACGGUAUACAUCCGAGCAAGAUAUUGAUCUCUAUUGCAACUUCAUGCAAGAAUUUGGAGAUCAUCCAUUCCUCUCGGUGGACAUGUGCAUCAGACAAAAAGAAAUCAAACACCUUUGUCCGGGAUACUGUGAGGGGGGAUGUUUUUCCGAAAACCCAACUUGUGGUGAAGAAAUCCCUACAAUCCGCCAACCACCACCCGGAGGAUUACCUCCAGGAGGGGGCAGUCCUCCAGAAGGGGCCCGUCCUUCGCCUCCCCAGCUGACUCCUUGUGAAUUAAUCACUGCCAGGGCUUUUUUUGGAGUGGAUAUAGACGUGAUUAUGAAUGUAUCCAAUCAUGGGGAGUAUCUAAAGAGCAUCCAAGCAAGUGAUCCGUCCUGUCCGGAAGCUCAAGCCGCAUACAGCGACUGUAUUUGGUGUAACCCCGACAAUCUAUGUUUUAGUGAGGAACAUCCUCCAUCCUGCAAUACUACUACUAAUAAUGGUAUUAUUGCCGCAUGGGAAGAGGAUAUGAUGGCCUUGAAGAAAGUACAAGAUGUCUGCUUGGAUAUCUCCAAGAGCCUCUUCCAAAGGGAUGGUGUUGGUAUUGGUGUUGGAGUCGUCACUGCGGUUUCCGACGGCACUUUUGAUCCAUCCCAAAUCAAUAUUCCAAAGGGCAGUCAGCAAUGUGAGAAUGCACAACAGCUCUUCCACAAGUGUCUCUGGUGCGCACCACACGAUGGUACUAUUCCGGAUAACUUUUGCAUCAAGCAUGCCGCCUGCAACAACCGAGACUUUGUGGACCAGUUUUUGACACCCGAGUUGGAGACUUUUACUUUGGACCGGUUACAGCGCCAUGCGGAAAAUAAUACUUUGGAGGAAGACAAUAAUAAUAAUCCAGUGCUGGAGGACAUUGAGAAGGACUGCGAUGCAUUGAUCGGGUAUCUUGGCAAAGACAUUUAUUUGUCACUACAGGGAUGCUAUGAAGAGUUGAUUCUCGUCAAAUACUGCCCGGAUCAGUAUUGCCCACCCAUUGAAACUGCACUGGCGCAGGGAGAAACCUAUUUGGGAGCUACCACCGACUCGGAAAAAAUGGCUUUGAUUUGGUUAUCUCGCACAGCGGCCAUCUUGUCUUUUUUGGGUGCCUCCUAUGUGCUGUAUAGUUGCCUGUCGGAUGUCAAGGCACGAGUGACAGUCUACCAUCAGUUGCUCGUUGGUAUGGCAGUCUUCGACUUGGUGACGGCAGUGUCUUGGAGCUUGGCAACAAUCCCCAUUGAUACCACCUUUUCGGGAACGGACCACAUUCUUGGUGCCAUGGGAAACGAGGCAUCCUGCAAGGCACAAGGGUUCUUUAUUCAGCUUGGUUUCACAUCAGUAUUCUACAAUGUAUCACUUUCCUUGUACUAUCUGCUUGUCAUUGCCCAUGGCUGGAGAGAAUUCCAACUCAAGAAGAUCCACUUGUUCUUGCAUGGGGUUCCAUGCAUGCUGGGGUUGGGUCUCGCAUUGGGGGCUCUGGGGAGCUAUAAUUUCAUGGGAUAUGCUUGCCAUUUGCUGCCCCAUCCAGAAGGGAGCCUCGGAACUGUGCUUCUCUUUGUCAUCAUUCCCUUGGGUUUGUCAAUCGUUGUCAUCACUUCCUGCAUGCUGGUUGUGUACAGCAAGGUUAGGGCAAGGGCUGGUGCAUCACGGAAAUGGAGUUUGGGAGUUGGAGCAGCCAGCAAAAUGGAACAGGCUGUCUUUUGGCAGUGCCUCUUCUAUGUAAUGGCUUUCUAUAUUACAUGGCCCAUCAUGUUUGCUGUUUAUUUGGGCUCUGUGGGUGUCAAUGGGCCUCUUGGGCUGGCACUGACGAUUGCCUUUGUAGCCCCCCUUUCCGGGUUUACAAACUUUCUGGUGUAUAUACGCCCCAAACUAAUUGGCAGAGACAACGGUAGGCUAAGCACCACAAGUCGGCGAAGAAGUUCACAAUCAGUUCGAGCUUCAUCAUCAGUUCUCGUGUCAGCCGUUCUGCGAAUGCUUCGCCGUCAUGAGAUUUCGACGGCCGACGAAGACGUGGAAGGUCAAGCGCAAAUACCGGAUCACAAGAUGGAUCCAUCAGUGGCAAUUGCAAUGGAAAUGCCGAACCCAACGCCUGCCCCAAGCGAUAUGGGCGGGGACUGCUCUGUGGAAUGUGCGUUGGCGCAGGGCUCGUCUUUGCCUGUUCCAAAGCCGCAUGAUUUGUCCAGCGAAAGUGGAGCACCUGAAGACUCUGAGGAGGGUGUCUCAAUCAUUGACAAUCCACAAAUCAUCUUUCCCGCGGGGGACCCUGAAGACACUGGGGACAAUGCACCAGAAGUCCAGGAAGGUGACUCAAUCGUUGACAACCCACAAAUCAUCGUUCCCGCGGAGGAAAGUUGCGCACGCCUGGAGCAAACCUUACGAAAUACCAACGGCGAAAGGAUUAAUACUUGCAGUAAAGAUCAACCCAACGUCGUCGAGGAUGGGUUUGAUCGACGUGAAGCAGUCGCUGAACCUUCAGCGGAAAGCAGUGCAUUGGUAUUAGGUACGGUCGAAGAAGGCCUUGUUGCGGGAGACGAGGAGGCAGAUCAUGAGAUCAGAAGUUCUCCAAGAGAUCAAGACUUCAUGACUAGUGGGUUCGAAGUAGAUUGCUGA